AUGUACAAGAAGAGUUUGAGAGAAGAUGCAUGUCUAGCAAUUUCGAGAUAUUACUUCAACAAUGCCAUAGCAUUCAACACGGCAAGAAGUGAAGAGUUUCGUAUCAUGUGUGAUUUGAUUGCAAAACAUGGACCCGGAUUCAAGCCACCGUCAUAUCAUGAGAUCAGAGUAAAGUAUUUAAAACAAGAAGUGGAGUCAACAGAACGCAUGGUCAAUGAACAUAGGAGCAAAUGGAAGAAGACAGGGUGCACAAUAAUGAGUGAUGGUACUCUACUCAUGGAGAAGCAAAAAAGGCUAUAUUGGACACCAUGUGCGGCUCAUUGCAUUGAUCUCAUGCUAGAGGACUUCGAAAAGAAAAUCCCAAUCCAUGGAGUGACAAUUCCUAAUGGUCGCAAAAUCACUACUUAUAUUUACUCUAGACCUUCUCUGAUUCCUCUAUUACACCACUUCACAGAUGGGAAAGAUUUGGUGAGACCGGGAAUGACCCGAUUUGCUACUGCUUAUCUAACUUUGGGGUGUCUUUAUGAAAACAACGGUGGUUUAAUUAGAAUGUUUACCUCAGAAGAGUGGAAGACAAACAAACACUCAAAAAUAAAGGAUGGAAAAGAUGUGGAGGAGAUUGUGUUGGAUAAGGAGUUUUGGAAAAGCAUAGUGAUAUGCUUAAAGGGUGCAUUACCUCUCAUUGAGGUGCUUCGUUUGGUUGAUUCUGAUGAGCAUCCUGCCAUGGGAUUUCUUUACGAGGCAAUAAACCGAGCAAAAGAAAAGAUACAAGCAGUUUUCCAAAAUGUCAAGAAAAGUUAUAGGCCUUUGUGGAGUGUCAUUGAUCUCAGAUGGAAUAAACAACUUCAUAGGCCCUUGCAUGCCGCAGGCUAUUAUCUUAACCCUCGCAUGCACUAUAGCCCCGGUUUUAAAGUUGAUUAUGAAGUUAAACA